AUGAAAUCUUCACGGUACAUUUCUGUGGUUGGAUGCCAUGCGGAGGGAGAGGUUGGCGAUGUCAUUGUCGGAGGAGUACGCGAUGUGCCAGCCAAGACCAUGAAGGAGAAGUUCUUGCACUUCAGGGAGCACCACGAAGAUCUACGUCAGCUAAUACUCAACGAGCCAAGAGGUCGCCUUGAGAUGAGUGCCGUCUUGAUUCUCCCCCCAUGCGACCCUCGAGCAGACGCUGGAUUCAUCGUCAUGGCCAGCGGAGAUUGGUCGCCCAUGUCCGGAUCCAACGCCAUUUGCACCACAACCGUCAUGCUUGAGACCGGCAUGAUACCCAUCAAGGAACCGCUGACCGAGGUGCUUUACGACACAGCUGCGGGCUUGGUGAAAGUGGAAGCCCAUUGUGAACAGGGGGAGUGUAAGUCAGUAUCGCUCGACAACGUUCCGGCUUUUGUGUACGGCUUGGACAUACCGAUCGAAGUCCCUGGCGUAGGGACAGUGACGGUUGACAUCGCUUUCGGAGCGCGGUGGUAUGUGUUCGUUGACGCGGCAAGCCUAGGCUUGAAGGUCUUGAACGAACAUGGGCCGCAACUUGUCGACUUGGGCAACCGCAUCAAAGCCGCAGUACUGGAAAAGCACACUCCUAUUCAUCCCGAAUCGCCAGAGUUUCGUGGCAUCGAUAACAUCGGCAUCACGGAGCCCAUACAAGAGAUUAGUGGUGAAAAGAUUGCCAGGCAGGCCAUGGUCAUUAACCCAGGUCGGCUCGACAGAAGCCCAUGCGGUACGGGCAGUUCCGCAAGGAUGGCCGUUCUACAUGCGAAAGGUUUACUGAAGGUCGGAGAAACGAUAAAGUUUCAAAGCAUGAUUGGAACAAGAUUUGUCUGUCAUAUCCGCGGCUUGGCCAAGGUUGGGGACAAAGAUGCGGUUCUCCCGACUAUACAAGGUAGAGGUUGGAUAACAAGCUACAAACAAAUAGUUCUUGAUCCUUCAGAUCCUUUUCAGACAGGAUAUCGCCUCAAAUAA